ACAAGGUUCACUUUAACGGCUUCGGCACCGGUCAACACACCGGCGGGCGCACGCUGGAACGGUAGCGCCAUGAAAAUCAUCAAGGAAAACGCCGCUUUCCUGAGCAACUCCGAGGUGCUCGCACUGCUCAAGGGACUUCAGAGCGACAAGAAGGGCGGCAAGGCUUCGGGGCCCCGUACGGUGCCCAACCUGGCCACUGUGUCGUACGAGACGGUCACAUACCUCGAAGGGACCGCUUGCCUACGUCAGACGCCCGAGCACAUCGAAGACUUCCUGCGACAGAUAUCCGAGCUCCCAAUCAAGCUGACCAAGAUCGAGAAGCUGAACCUCGUCAACCACAGGCCUACCUCGCCGGUCGAAAUACAGCUUCUCAUCGAAGAGAGCGAAGAGCGACUCACCGACGAAGACAUCAACACCAUCCUCGACCUUGUUGAACGCACGCUGCCGCCUCGCGAGGACGAAGAGCCCGUCGACGAAGAAGAAGACGAGGCAGGAGACGAGGAGUCGAUGCAGGAAUGAACACGGGUGUUCGAGACCGUGCUAAUUAGGUGAACAGGAAUCGCUGUGCUCAUUCAUCAUCGAAGGUGCGCCUAUUAACGGACGCAGUGCGGAACGAAUGACGCGCAGGAUACACAACGCGAAGCGCUCGUGUAUACCGUAUUUUACUCGUUCUGUACUGCGGCGGUGAUAACAAAGCGCACCUUUGUAGAGGAACGAACGGUAACGUGUGCGAGUGUGACUUGCUCGCGAAGACCGCGCUGCGAUUAUGAACUUACGCCGCUACUCAAACUACAACCAAGCGCUGUUGCUUUACAAACUGUAAUAACCUGUUACAACGGUUGAUUGAAGGCGUCUUGUGCAUUUUUUGUUUUGUAUGCGCCGAGAAAGAUAUAACUGCGUGAAAUAUUGCAUUCGGCCCGCGUGUCAAACGUGUGAAAUGAUGCAAUUAAAUUUUUUGACUUACAGUG